AUGAUUGAUAAAAGUAAAAUAGAUUCCAUGCCCAACUCUACAGAAGUCAUCUGUAUGGUCGAUAAAGAUGAUCAUGAAGUUGGUAGCUGUACAAGAAAAGAAAUGAGAUUAUAUAAUGAAUGGCAUCGUAUAUCUUCUGUUGUAAUAUUAUCAAAUCCAAAUGAUCCACAUUUAUUUUAUCAUAUUCGUGAUUUAUCAAAAGAAUAUUGUCCAGGAUUUGUAGAUUUAGCAUUUGGUGGUGUUGUUUCGGUUGGCGAAACAUAUUUGGAUAAUGCAUUAAGAGAAGUAUAUGAAGAAUGUGGAUUACCAUUACAAGAAGAUAAUCUAAUUGAAAUCGGUUAUUUCCCAAGAGAUGAUGAUCAAGUUAAAUGUCAUUAUAAAGUUGCAUUAUUUAAUGGUAGUGCAGAAGAAUUAACACCUCAAAAAGGUGAAGUAUUGUAUAUAAAAAAGAUCCCAUUAUCAGAGGUUGAUGAUUUGAUGAAAAAUUCAUCACAUACUAAAUCAUGCCCUAAAAUAUUAGAAUUUGUACAAUCGUUUGUUAAUCAAGGUAAAAUGACACUACUCAAUGAAGCCAAAUUAUAA